AUGCAAAGGCCUGAUGCUGAGAAGAAGGUAGUGAAGCAUUCACUCAAUGAUCAAGUCAAGUUGAAGACGGAGUCAGCGAUGCCGAAAAUGCUAAAACAAUCAAGAGAAGGCACUUCUUCUUUUAUAUCAUCGUUGGAAUCGUUGUCACUAGAUCAGAAGCAGGUAGAGACUAUAGUGAACGCUCCAAAAAUUAUGUCAUUGUCAGAGUCGCAGAUCCAACAGACGGACGCAAUGAAAUGGAGUAGGAAUGAAGUUGAGCAGUUGAGAACGCAGAAUGAUCAUGUUACAGCGUGGAAGAAUGCGUCGAUGAAGUCUACGACUAGUACAGACAUUAUGGGCAUACAGAACGUGAGACGGUCGUUUGAAGCAACUCAAGAGCGUGAAGCCAAUGCGAUGGCAGAAUUUGAGGCAAUUGAGCGCGAUCUAGCGGCAGAGAAAGAGGCGUUUUGGAGGGAGCAAGAGCUAAAACAGCAGGAUUGGUCAGUCGGACUGUCAAAGCAAAGUUUUUGCGACAACCAGUCGGGAUCUAACAACAGAAGGAUGUCGUAUUCAUCGUUCAAGUCGGGUCUCUAUGAAGAAGAAAAAUCGAGGCGACAGAUAGCCAGUCAGAGUUCAUCUUUCGAUGACAGUCUGGAUGGAGAAGUUGACUCAUCAUUGGCGUUUAAUGACUACUUCGCUGUAGAGGAUAACGGGAUGUCUGACCAAGAUGAUUUGGCCUACCAACUUCGACAUGUAUAUGCUUGUGAGAAUCGCUAUGGCGAUCUACCUUCGGAUAGUAGUGCUGUGAGUUUUGAUAAUUCUGUCCCAUGGGAUGAGGACUUAGCAUUGCAGUUACGGCAAAAUGUAACGUGUGAGCAGUCUUCACCUAUGGCUGCCGCUGGCUUGCUUGUCUCUUCAAAUAAACUAGCAACGGAAGAGGAUGUAAGGCAUCAGGCAGCCAAACGUGAAAUGUAUUAUGCAAAGCACAGUGGCGUCGAUACUAAUGCACUGGGAUGCAACAAGUCGAGUAUUCCAUAUUGUAGACCAAAAAUCAAUGCUUCUAGUUCAUCACUGAUACAGUACGUACUCGAAGAGUCCGGGAAGGACGACAAGGGCAAUUAUGCCAGUUUUUCUAGCGAAGAUGACGUGAAUUUAGUUGGCGAUAGCAGCAGCAUUAAUGCAGCGUUGAGUGAUCCAUUGUCACCGCCUUCUGUUCAAGUCUUGUCUUCAUCGCGUUCUACGCCAACGCGGAUGAAUCAAAAGCUAGCCGCCACAAGAACAUCAAGUAGCCCAAGAAAAGGUGAUGAUGACAAACGAACAAGACAGAUCAACGUGAUCACUGCAACUUCAUCACGUGGUUCAAUUAAUCAAAAGUUAGGGUCCAGUGACUACAAACUAACGCAUUCUCGAGCUCAAUUAGUGCAGCAAGCGGAUUCUGAAAAGAUGUUUCCUGCUUUUAUUGAGGAAAAGUUGAAAGAGUUAGAGGCAGAGGUCAAGCUCUACAAAGCGGAGACGCUGCAGCUUCAAAAACGGAAAAACUUUUACAAUCAAGAAGUAAAAAAGCUUGCUCUUGAGCGUAAAGAGUUUGAGUGGUUUCAGCAACAACAACGACUUCUAAUCGAAGAGGAAUGGGAUCGAGAGCGCACAAAAAUGAAGGAAGAGGCGAAGGUUCAAGAACGGCAAUGGAAGUUGCGGAUAAAUAGUAUCAUCUCUCAUCGGGAUCAAAAAGACUGCGGUGAGUUGGAAAUGCUCAAGGCACAGAUUGCGAAGAUGCAGAUUGACGAGAACGAAAGUACGAGUAUAUGGAAAGUUGAAAUUGACGACAUGCGUCAGCGUGUUUUGGAUCUGGAGAAGAAAAACCGUGAGCUAACGGAUGAAAUCACGUUUUUGAAAAAGGAUCGUUUACAGCAGUGGGAACAAUAUGGACGUCCACUGAAGGAGAGACAAGAGACAUUAGGAUCGGCAUCAAAAUUUGGAGUGACUUGUACCGUCCCUUCUGUGCUUUGUAAGAAGAAUGAGAUGCGCGUUAUGAAUAACACUACCGCAAUGAAAGAAUCGACGGAUGAACAUCUUCAGAGAUGGAAUCGCUCUCACGAAAAUUUACCCGAAACUAGUGAGGAAAAUGACCUCAUGGUAAAACCUGCACCUCACAAUUGCCUACAGUCAAAUGUAGCGGACAGCUACGAACCGAAUCAGUACCGUUUUGAUCGAGAAAGCGCUCACAAGUCCCUGAGUGACUCAGGGACUUGUGAAAAUCAGUCAGGUAGACCGAGCGUCAAGGAAAUGGAUAUCGUCAGCGAUGCUGACAAUGCGCUUGCAAGCAAUGCUGCGACAUACGAAUGGGCACUUCCUGCCGAUGGAAAUGAUGAUGGUAUACCGGCUGUUGUCUUUGCUGACCAGAAAUCUAAAAAAUACGAAGAGGACGGCGUAAUCUCAGCGUCAACUUCAUCUUUGUCGGAGCACAAAGUGGUAACACACGAGAUUGAGCGUACGAGUAAGAGGAAGGAAGUUUUGUACGCAGACGGAAGCAGAAAGAUAAUUUUUCCGGACGGCAAUGAGAAAGAUAUUGACGCUAACGGCCACACCGUGAUCAAGUUUACAAAUGGUGACUAUAAAGAGCUCUUUCCAGAGACAGGGAUCAGUGUGUAUUACUACUACAAGGCUCAGACGAAGCUAACAACGUACCCGGACAAUCGAAAGGUGUACGAAUUUCCAAAUCAACAGCUCGAGACGAGAAUGCCUAAUGGUACAACCGAAAUCCAGUUUUCUGAUGGAACUAAGAAGACAAUUCGUCCGAACGGCGACGAGUUGUCUGUAUUUCCGGACGGAACAACCAUGUUGGAGCAAUUGGGUCGUUUACGUGAGGUGACGUUGCUGAAUAAGAAGAAGAUUUGCUAUUUACGCGACGGACAAAUGGUGUGUGUCUUGCCGAAUGGUCAGGAAAUCCACAUUCGAUCGGAUUAUGAGCUGAAGCAGCUCAUUGAAAGCUCGUAG